AUGUUGUUGAUUCAUAAAAAAUAAUAAGAUAUUAGAUUAUGAAAGUACUAAGGCAUCUAUUAAUCUAAGUUCAAAAACAAAAGAUUAAGAAAAUGACUGUAAAUAAAAUAGGAUUGGUUUUGAUUUGGUAUUAUCAAAAAUUAUUUUAGAUAUUUUUGAUAGAUAAAAUUGGUAGCAUAGAAGGAGAUAAAUUACAAAGUAUGAAAUAAAGUUUAAAUAUAUUACUUGAAUUUUUAAUUGAUUAAGAUCGUUUGCAACUAAUUAUUUUUGAUAGUUAAGCAUUAAAAUCAUCUUCAUUAAAAAUGAACAACAAAAACGAUCAAAUAAUAUUUUACUUAGCUAAUUGAAUAAAUCAAAUGUGAUUUUGAGCAAAUAUUUCGAGUGCAGUGCAACUGAAACAAUAUUUAAAUAAAUAAAAAGUAGAAAGUAUAGGAAUAAUGUAACAUCUAUAUUCUUGUUAUCUGAUGGUCAAGAUGAGAAAGCA